CAUAAUUUAGAGGAGUAACCCGGAAAAUCUCUGUCAUUGCAUCAGGCAUCAACAUGCUCCUGGUUAGUGGAAUAUCACGCUUGUGUUUCUGUUUAGCUUGAUUUUAUGCGUUCGUUUGGAUUUGUCGCUGCUGGAUUAAUCAAAUAUAGAGGAUCUCAUUGUUCAGCGGUCGCUGGUCGACUCGGAACCGAAAUGUGUAAAGAACCGAAGACUAAACUGCUCCGCUUGUACCCGCCAACCUCCGACGGGCCGACGGUUCCUCAAGAGACACAAACAGGUGACUCUGAAAUCCUGAGCUGCACAGUGAAGGCUCUGAAAGACGGUCACAUUGUUGCAGUGCCGACAGACACUAUCUACGGUCUGGCAUGUUUGGCCCAAAACUCUGAGGCUGUCAAAAAAAUCUACGAAGUGAAAGAACGAAACGGACAGAAGCCGCUGGCGAUCUGUGUUGGAGAAAUUUUGGAUAUCUAUAAGUACUGUAAGGUGAAGGUGAAAGAGGAUCUUCUACGUGAUUUACUGCCUGGUCCCGUCACUCUUGUGUUUGAAAGAUCUGAAAAGCUGAAUACAAAUCUCAAUCCUUUUACUUCACUUGUAGGCGUUCGUAUUCCUGAUCAUGCCUUUAUGAGGCGCCUCUGCCAGAUGUGUGGGGAACCAUUGGCACUGACGAGUGCCAACAUCAGCUCAAAUACCAGCACAGUGGAAGUGCAUGAGUUUCAGGAGCUCUGGUCAAAACUAGCUGUGGUGGUGGAUGGAGGACCAAUAGGAGACCAGACCCGGCAGGGGUCAACUGUGAUUGAUCUGUCGAUACUUGGUAAAUACAGAGUCAUCAGACCAGGCUGUGCCCUUUCUGCCACGCUUGACGUGUUGGAGCACAAAUACGGACUGUCAGAGAACUCAAAGGAGGAAUGACCUUUAAACCCUACGCACUCCAAAUGCACGCGAAGACGCACAACCGGUUUUGACCCAAAGAUACUCAGGAAAGUAAGAACAUAAGAGCUGGACAUUCCCAUGGAAAACAAAAAAAUGUUGGGAAAACCUAAGUUGGUUGCUUUCUUCUAAAACUGGGAGUUGCUUUUUCUUUUUUGCAAUUUUUUUUUUUUUUUUGCUUAACCACUGAUCAUGAUGUGGUGUAGAGGUUCAACAUGUCUCGGUUUAGUAUAUUCAGGAAUUCAAUAAAUGAAGUAAGCUGAAUCUUCUGUAAUAUUUUUCUCUUUAAGUUUCUUUAUGUUGUGAAAGUUUUUACUGUGUGCCUAAAUUAUCCCUUGUAGCACAGUGAAAGGAUUAGACUUCAAUAAAUUGUGUUUUAUUGUAACUCAGCCACAGAUAUUUUAUACUUGACAGUUUCAAAUUUGCUCUAUGGUUAUUAAUUCAAAUCAUCUACUAGAUGCUGUUCCAGUUUCUCUUUUUUGUACCAUUUGUUGUUUCAUUUGUCUACUUUCAUCCUAAAUUGGACCUGGGGUUUUUUGUAUCUUAAUUUCAUCAUCUGUUUAAUAUAUUACCAUAAUAAAAACUUUAUUUAUCUUUUAA